UGUUUUGACCGUUGCUUUUUUUCUCAACUCAACGUCUUUCUUUUUCUCUCUCUAACAUCUCUCUUCUGUGAGUUGCAGCUUCGACCGGCAUUGCUCAGACACAGCUUUAAGUGAUUUUUCUAUAUAUAUGACCUUAAAAGACUGAAGUGGGAGAAUGGGAUGUUCGAUUUCAAGAUUGGAUGAUGAAGAAGCAGUUAAGCUAUGUAGAGAUCGUAAGAAGUUCAUUAAACAAGCUGUUGAGUUUAGAACUAAAUUUGCAAUGGGACAUUUUGCCUAUAUUGAUUCAUUGAAAAGAGUGUCGGCUGCCCUUCGUUCUUAUGUUGAAGAUGAUGAACCUCCUCGCGAAUAUUUGCUAGAUUCGUAUACAAACCAUACGCCGCCGCCAUUGAUUACUGCAAAUCCUGUUAAGAAGAAAAAAAAUGAAGGGUUUAUCUCUUUUUCCCCAGAUGCUUUGUCUGAUAUUCCAAUUCAAGCCAAAUCUAAGUCGAAAUCGAAAGAAAAGACUUCGUCUUUGAAGAUUAACUAUCUGAUGUCAAGUGGGAAUCCAGCAGUUACUGUUGUUGAGGAAAGACCUCAAACUUCUUAUAAUCUUGAAACUGGUUACUCUACAAUGGGUAAUAAUAAUUAUGGGUUUGAUGGAUUCUUUACAAUGCAAACCCCGCCACCGCCUCAAUCUUCAUCGUCGUCCUUCCCUUACUCACCUAAUUAUGAUAGUAGACCUAAUAAUAAUUAUCAACCGCCUCCAUCUCCGAGGAAUUCUCAAUGGGAUUUCUUUUGGAACCCUUUUUCGUCAUUUGACUACUAUGGGUACCCAAACAGGAAUGGCCAUGAUCGGCCGAUUCUAGAUGAUGAUGUUGCUGGUUUAAGACAAGUUAGGGAAGAAGAAGGGAUUCCUGAUUUGGAAGAGGAAACUGAACAUGAAGAUUCUGAUAUAGAUAAAGGAAAACCCACGUCGGUGAAGUUUGCUGCAACAGAGGAAGUUACAGUUGAAGAUGAUGAUGAUGAUGAUGACGACGACGAGGAUGAUGAUGACGAAGACGAGGAAGAUGAUGAUGAAGAAGAAGAAGAUGAGUUUUCUAGUGCAACAGAAGAUGAACAUGAUUUAGUAGGGAGAACAAAACCCUGCCAUGGAAAUCAUGAAAAGAUGGAAGUAUCAAAAUUACAGAAAACACAAGAGAAGGCAAUUGAAAUCCCUGAAGAUAAAGAUAGACAUGAGACGCCAGGAUUCACUGUUUAUGUAAACCGAAGACCUACAAGCAUGAAUGAAGUGAUAAAACAUCUUGAGAAUCAGUUCAUAGUUGCUGUAACUUCAGCCAGUAAAGUUUCGGCUAUUCUAGAGCCCAAUAGAUCUCACAGCUUACACUCAAAUGAAACCACAGUUAUGAAAAUGUUGAAUCCAGUAGCCUUGAUCCGUUCAUCUUCUUCCCGGUCAUCUUCAUCAAGAUUCUUGGCUUAUAAUUACAAAGAUGAUGAAUCAGAUGAUCAAGAAUCUUUUAGCAGUUCAACUGGAAGUCAUCAAUCAACGCUAGACAGAUUAUACGCUUGGGAGAAGAAACUCUAUGACGAAGUGAAGGCUGGCGAGAAGGUUAGGAUAGCAUACGAGAAAAAGAGCAAUUAUCUUAAGAGCCAAGAUGCGAAAGGAGAUCUAACUUUAGUAGAGAAAACAAGAGCAACAAUGAGAGCUCUUCAUACCCAAAUCAAAGUUUCCUUUCAUUCAGUUGAAUCAAUUUCGAAAAGAAUUGAAGCUUUAAGAGAUAAUGAAUUGCAACCUCAGCUUCUAGAGCUUGUUCAAGGGUUAUGCCGGAUGUGGAAGGCGAUGGCAGAGUGUCAUCAAUUACAGAAACGAAUCCUCGACGAAGCCAAAGUUUUACUAGCGGCUACCGGUGGUGGAAAGCAGCCCCAAAUCAUAAUAAUGCCGUCUUCAGAACCGUAUAAGAUGGCUCGCGCAGCUUCGAAUUUAGAAGUCGAGUUGAGAAAUUGGCAAGCAACAUUCAAAUUAUGGAUCUCUUCCCAGCGAUUGUACGUGCAGGCUUUGAAUAGCUGGCUCCAUCACGGUCGUCGAUCAGGUUUAUCAUCAUCGUCUCCACCACGUCCGUCGAUCGAUUUAGCUCCUCCCAUAUUCCGGUUGUGUAAAGAAUGGUCAAAGUUCCUCAACGUUGAUAAUAGGGAGCUGAAGGUGAUUGAAGGUCUUGAUUUUUUCGCAGCAGGAGUUGGAUCAGUCUAUGAACAUCACCUCAGGGAGGAUUCUCGGAAUGGGUCGAGUCGACGACUCUCUGGUGGCAGUGGCAACAUGGAAAUGGUGGAGGCCGCCGCAGUUGGUGGUGGGAAUGAUGAUGAAAAUGGGAUGAGUGCGGAGAAAAUAAUGGAACUUGCAAUGAGGGUACUUUGUGCUGGAAUGUCGGUUGCGGUUAGUUCAUUGACGGAAUUUGCGGUUAGUUCAGCCGAAGGAUACUGUGAUCUCAUCAGGCGUCGAGACGAUGGUUCAAAGGGUUCGGGUUCGACGAAUGGUUCGUGAACUUCUUUUUAUUUCUUAAACACAAUUAAAUUUGGUUCAUGUUUUUCUCAAGUAGUAAUAGUUGUUGUAUAAAUUAAGGUAGCAUAUUAGAUUGUGGGGGGUUUUCUUCCUUUACUCUCUAUUUGACUGUUAACUAUAACGGUCAGUUUUUGUAAAUUACUAGAUUGAUUCGACCAAUAGUUUUGUUCUAAUUAUAUAACUCUAUAUAUUUUAAUA